GGCCUAUUUAAAGGUAGUCUACCACCGCUCUUAACUUUUUCCAGCUGCAGUCUGGGCAUACUUAAAAAGUCCAACCUUGAACCGUUAAUUUUGUGUUUCCCUCUGAUCAUGACCCAUUCUCUGCUCGUACCUCUAUAACAAACGCAUCUGCACCGGCAUUGUUUUUGAUUUGACAAUUCAUACGCAAGAACUCAAACGUCUUUUUACGAACUACUACUGUUCCGUAAAGUUUUGCUCUAUUGCCACGUGGAAACAGCUCGUAUCUCAACGUGUGCUUUUUUUAUCCCGCGUAUUUUUGUCCCAUUUACCCAUUUGCGUCCUUUAGACUACAGACGCUUGUCUAUUUCUUCAUUCUGAGCGCGAACCCCGUUGUUUACACGCGUUUGUCGUCCUAUUUUGUUCUGUAUCUGUGCGUCUGUGCCUAUCCCUAUAUCUAUAUCCGCGUCACCUCCACCUUUUUUUGUUAAUCCACUCACUGAAGACUAAAAAAGCACUUUUGAGUGAUCCUUUUUGCUUCCUUUCAAUCUUUCCCGUCCUUGCCACGACCAUCUAUCUCACUCUCACUUUCUCAUUAAUAUCAUCAUCUGUCCGCUUCAUUCAUGGUUCCUGGACACUUUAACGCGAUGAUGCCCGCUUCUCCCAUUGUGUUUGGUCACACAAGUCCCGGCCCGUUUCCCAAUGAAAGUCUCAGAAAAAGCCGGACGUUAGUGCCAGCAGUCGUUCCUUCAUUCGUGUCCGUCUCUGGAUUUAAGCUUCCUACCUCUGGUCCUUGUGUAGGCCCACUAUCCGAAAGCCGCUGUCCCAAGUCGAGCUUUACCAUCCCUCUCACUGAUUUGAAAAGUAUAGUCGAGUGCUGCACCAAGCCCGACUCGCACUCAAUUAUCAUUGAUCUUCGCACGUUCAGUGAAUUCUGUGAAUGCCGUUUGUGCGGCUCCAUCAAUGUUUCCGUCCCCGCGACUCUCCUCAAGCGCCCACGCUUUAAUGUCUCAAAAAUUCUGCAGACGGCCUUUGAUCCCCGUGGUUCGUCACACCCGCUCGAUGACUGGCAGCAUCUCGAGCAUGUUUAUCUGUGUGUGGCCUCGUGGACUGCCAGCAACAUUGCUCUUGCAGAGUCUCUCGGCAAGAAAUUCAAAAACGAGUCGUUUUCUGGCUCUGUGAGCAUUUUUGACGGCGGUUUUGCGUGUAUUCGGUCUCACUACUCCGCGCUAAUCGACGACACAAAGCUGGAACCGACGGCUGUCCGUCCUGUACUGUCGCCGGCCAACUCGCCGGUGGGUUCGUUUUGUGAGCCCAAGAAUGCGGCAACUUCGACUACUCCGUCUUCGGCUGCAGCUGAUGCUUCGUCGAAAAGACGGAGAUCUGCCGACGUACCCUGCUGUAUAUCGCUGCAGGGUCUUACUGCUCGUCCUUCUGGGUUCUUUUGUCCACUUCCACGCAGCGAACUGGCUUCCAAUCCUUUUGGUGCCAACUUGGCUACUAGUCCUUCUCUGCUCACACAGUCUGGCGAAAUGACCGAUGUAGCGUGCUCCUCGCUGUACCGGAAGUUUCAUUCCUUGCACCGGCUAGAAUCCGAGCGGUUUGUUUACAGCGCCGACAAGGGUUCUGAAUGGUGCACCGUUGAUGCGAUGAAGCCUGCCGCUUACUCCAAGAACCGUUACUCGGAUAUCGUUCCUUACAACGUGACUCGUGUCCAUCUCCCCGACUCCUCUGAUUCUGAUGACUAUAUUAAUGCCUCUCACAUUAAAACUCGUAAAAAUGAGUACAUCGCCUGCCAGGCACCAGUGUCGAGCACGUUGAACGACUUUUGGCUAAUGGUGUGGGAUAAUGUUGGCACUUCGGGCACCAUCGUCAUGCUGGCCGGUUUGUGCGAAGGUGGCCGCGAGAUGUCUGCGCCUUACUGGCCCAGCAAGCAACUCAGCGAGCCCAUUCGCACAGAGAGGUUUGUCAUUCGCUCGAAGUCGGUCACAGAGGUUCCGGAGGCGUGUUGCACACUUCAUGUUUUAAUUCUGCGUGAUGUGGAAACUCAGUCUGAAAAGACUAUCAACCAUGUUCAGUAUCAUGCUUGGUCUGAUUGUUGCUCCCCAGAGGACAUCUCUUCGGUUCUUCGUUGUCUGAAGCUUGUUAACGAUCUCCCUAAAAAUGGACCGCUAAUUGUUCAUUGUUCGGCAGGUGUCGGAAGAACAGGGACGUUCAUUGUCCUCGACUCUCUCCUUCGUUGUUCUACCAUUGAACUGCAGUCAAGCUGUUCUCAGAGCUCAAGCUCAGAUCUUGUAUUUGAGCUGAUUAACAACAUUCGCAUGCAGCGCAUGAAAAUGGUGCAGACUUUUGCACAAUUCAAAUUUGUUUAUGAUGUCGUUGAACGACUUUGUCAGGAUGAUUCUCUCGAAUUUGCUUUCCUGUCAUAAGCGAGCGCAUGAACGAUUAUAUAUCUUGCCAUUCCGAAACCAAACUCAAACAUCCCUUUCCUGAUGCUCUAUCCUUGUCCGCCUUUUUGUCCUAGAUUUCCCUUGUGAUGUGUCUCUUGUCUAGUUGCUGAACCAAACCGCCCUUUCAAUUCAUUAUCGUUCCUCACGACAGCAAUGACCCCUUCUUGUGAGAUGUCCUGUCCGUUCAUGUCUGCCUGCGUUCCCAAACUAAUGCGCUUCCUCGAGCACCUUAUUCUCCGGUGCUUCGUUUCAGCGAAGUAAUCGUCGAAAUCGUGUGCGGACCGCUAAUGGCUUACGUAUUGGAAAUUCCGCAGUGACUUGUGCGUCUUUCGUUUCCAGCCCUCCGCAUUCCCUGCUCGUGUGUUUUUGAACCGCUUUAACUUUUUAAUUCCCAGUCUCGAAGAUCGUGACGACAUCUUAAUUUGUUUUUUAUUACAUUUGUCUCUCCUCUUUAUUUUUUUUAUUAUUUUUUUGUUUAGUAUUGACUAUUUGGUCAGUCCUAUAUGAGAAUACUUGCCCUCAUGGGUUUUGUUAUUUAACGACAUCGAACCUCUGCAUUUGCAGACCUUGCUUUCAGUGAUUUUUUUAAAUUGUGCUAAGUUGUGCUUCCUGUUUGUUUUUAAAUGCUUGCUCAUAGUUAAUUCUGUGCAGCAUACAACUGCAGGUUGUCGUUUUUUGCUUCAUGUGCAAAAUCCACUGGCCUGUCUAAUGUAUUCUGCAGAGGUAUGUGUAUGUCUGCUUUGUUUGUUUAAUGUUGGGCUACGUUCCCAUUGCCGUCAAAGUCGGUACUUAGCAACAGGCGACUCCAUGUUCGUCGGCCUCCAUGCAGAGCUAAGUUUGCUCGUGGAGACUACUUGUUGAUGCCGAGCUAAGCCUCACUUUGUGUCAGCCCGCAUCAACUUUGUUUGCGUAUGCGAGGCUCACUGUAUUUUAUAUCUAAGCGAGUUGUUUCUCGCUUUCUGUUACUCUUAUUUUCUUAUAAUGAUUCUGAUGACAUUCCUGGCAGGCUUAGUCAUUUGUCCUUGCUUAGAGAAGAAGUCGAAAUGUCUGUUUUAAAUGUUUUACCCCUAUUCAUACAAUGUACUUUUAUUCACGCUGAUAAAACUCAUGAGACAUAUUAAAGCAUUAC